AUGGCCCACACCUCCACCUCCACCGACCGCUCGCAACGACGACCCUCAGAGCCCUACCUCUCCUCCCUAAUCCGCUGGCUCCAACUCAAAAAGUACCAAUACGAAGUCACCUUCUCGCUGUACAUGCUUACAUCAACCGAGAAAUUUAUCUUUAAUUUCGUCCUCUUCGUCCUGAUCUCCAUGCUCGUCGCAGCAGCGUCGAUGUAUCUGCCGAAUCAUGUUGUGAUUAUCUAUCGGCGGAUAUGGUAUUAUGUGCAUGGGGAGAUUGCUAGUAUCACCAAAUCAGCCUCUGGUGGUGGUGGUGGUGUUGGUGGAGUGGGGGAUGUGGUGAAGACUAGUAUUGAUGGGUUGGGGACGAGUAGGGGGGUGGAUGUGGUGACUGCUACGUCGAGGGGGCUGGGGGAGCUUUGA